CUGCUAUUUCGACCGGCGAUAUAAAACCCCUCAGCAGGUCCUUACUCUACUUCAAAUCAGAAUCCAAGUCUCACGGAGUCAACUUACGGAGAAAAAUUGAAAAUGAACCUCUCUCUGACGUUUGCCGCAUGUGUUUGUUCCAUGGCUGUUUUUGCAGUGCAAGGUUCUCGAAAUGAGAAAUCGUACUUCGACUGCAAGGUCUAUUUCGACGAGGAGGAGAGACCCACAGAAAAGGCGAAUUGUGUGUAUGACUAUCAAGAGAAGCUGCAUUACUGCAAGACCUGGGAGUGUGAGGUCCCGAGCUGUCCCAGGGAGGAACAGGUCGAUCAGGAGGGCGAACCCUGCCCCUUGUGUCCAGAUACCUGUACCACCGGGGGUAAGAUCUACAAUGUGGGGGAGACAGUCACGUGUGUGGAUGGGUCCAAUAUCUGUGGGUGUGUCGGCACCGGAAAGGCUUUUUCAACAUAUGCAGGGACCAACAAGUACAUGCUUUGUGGAGCACCACAUAACUCGGAAUAAUAAAAGCAGAAUAUAUGGUUUAUAAUUCAUCGAAACUAUGUAUGAAUAAAAUAUUUAUUCACGUGUAAACAAUUUUUGCGGUGAGAGCUUCACCAUCGCGAAUAUUUCUCGUCGCCAGCUUGUCCUUGCCGCAUUGCUUUAAUAUCGCACAAUUGGAUAAUAUGCUUGAUUGUCAAAAUAAGUCGUCGCGAACUAAAUUUUCUAGGGUGUCUCGCGAAAUAAAGUCGUCGCGAAUAAAAAUUUGUUUACAGAAUAUAUUUUGAAACAUUCUCCUCUACUAUUUGUACCUUAUAUUGAAAGUUACGCAUUUGGAAUCUAUUUGAUAAUUUCAUAAUUAUAUUUAGUGUCUCAUAAAAACAGAUUCAACGAUUUAAUGAAGUUAUUGUUAAAGUCAACGAAUUGAUAAAUAUAAAAGACAUUAAAAAACAACGAAUUUUGUUCUGUUAAUCUUGAAUCAGCAGUGUGUAUUUUUAUUUUGUUUAAGCCUACUUUUUGUCGUAAAGAUCAAUCAAUGGCAACUGAAUGUCAAAAAAUUAAAAUAAAGAUUUUAUCUUGAACAACAA